CUUGAGGCUCAUCCUCCCUCCACAAGACAAGAACAGACCAGGUGAGACCGGACCAUGAGCCCACGGCCCGCCACCCUGCUGGGCCUUGUUCUCUGCCUGGGCCAGGCGAUCCACUCCCAGCCGGAGGCCUGGCCCACACCCUCCAUCUCCGCUGAGCCAGGCCCCCCGUUCCUCCCGGGGCAGCCCGUGACCAUCGUGUGUCGGAGCCCUGCUGGGUUUGACACCUUCCGCCUGGAGAAAGAAGGAAGAGAGGUCAAGAAUGAGAGGAGCGCGUCGCCUAACCAGACCGAGGCGCGGUUUCCCUUCGUCACCGUGGAUGGAACCACUGGGCGGUACAACUGCCAGUACCAUAAAUCAGGCACCUGGUCUGAGCGCAGUGGACCACUGGAGCUGGUGGUGACCCCUGAGGACGUCCCCCGGACCUCCGACCCCGUCUCAGCUGUGCCCUCAGCCCCCACCUCCCAGGAGUACCCGGUGUUGAACGGCGUCCGCCUGGGCCUGGCCGGGGUGGUCUUGCUGAUCCUGGUGGCAAUUCUGGCAGAAGCUUGGCACAGCAAGCGCAGGGCCCGGCAGGGGUGUCUGGGAUGGACACAGCAGGGCGCCCUCCAAGGAGUUUAGCCGC